AAGAAAGGGUAAACGUAAAAAAUAAAAACAUAAUAAAUAGAAAGCCCUACCAAUUUUAAAAAUUUAAAUCUGUUUAAAACAUACAAAAACAUAAAAAUCGCCCCCGAUAUGUUUUUAAAGAUAAAACGUUGCAAAAUGUUAGUUAAGGACAAAGUGUAAGCUAAUAGUACAGCGCCAGGUGUCAGUACUGAGCUGAGGACUAAUUGGACAGACGACAGUAGAAGAAGACCGGUGUCCUUCACAACAUCGAACAUGGCUACAGCUACCAAACUAAUUCAAAGGCUGCGAAAUUUCUUAUCAGGGCACGACCUUCAAUCUAAACUGCAACUGCGUUAUGAAGAGAUAGCAAAACGAACGCAGCCACCACCUAAACUUCCUGUAGGUCCAAGUCACCAAUACGCCAACAACUACUAUUUCACUAGAGACGGCCGCAGGGAGUCUGCACCCGCCACAGUUGUGAUGUCUUCACAGAAGGCUCUUACGGCUGGCAGUCAAGUUGUGGAGACCUCAAAGGUCCCAGUGACACCAGGAUCUGUUUAUCAACCCCCUCCGCUCUCCACAGACCAGCCGUACCUGUGAGCAGAUGAACAAAGCUCCUCACCUUCUCAUCCUCAUGAGCUGCAGAGAAAACCCAGAUGACAGCUGCUUUUGGUUGUCUUGUACAUUAGAAAGUCUGAAUAAAAUGUUGUUUCACUAA